AUGCUCUUCCCGACCCUACGCUCAGCUCCGGUGGCAGGCCCCACGCCCCGCGGUCUCGUCCGCAUCGACAUCAUCUCCCGCAUUUAUCGGCUCACCGGACACGGCCACAACAUGCCUACCUUCAUCAUCCCCGCGUUCGACACGCACCCCCCUACCGCUGGCACUCGCAACAUCGAGACGCAGCCGACCAUCGUCGCUUGCCUUGAGCCGAAACUCCCGACCCGCUCCACGGAGCUCGAAAAGUCCUACCAAGAGCGCCUAGACAAGUACAUACAAGCGCAAGUCGAGGUUGAACGGCUACGUACCGAGCUGCGCGACGUGCAGGAGCAGGUGCAGACGCUGUCGCAGCACAAUGAGAUGCUAGAGAAUCAGGUCAACGGCGCCAUCGAGUCGGUCGGCAAGGAUGUGAACGAGCUGGGGCAGAUGGUAGCUAAGCCGAAGAAGGAGUUGGCAAGGGCCAAGGCUGAAGUCCAGCACGCAAAGAAGGGCAGAGAUCGAGCGGUUGAAGAGAAGGCGGACAUGAGGGAGUUGCUGGAGGAGGAGGAGGGGAGGGGGUCGCAAAGGUUAAGGACACAGGCCUUCUUUAUAUUGAAAAGAGGGAGGGGGGAGGGGUAA